AUGUCUUUUCAAAUGUACAACUCGUUUGUACCCCAAAGUCAGGCAGUCGUUCAUUGCUCUGCUGAUGAUCCGAUGAUUAUUGAGAGACCAGGACUGUGGUCUGAUCACCGGGCACAGAAUGCCUUCUCAGAUGAUCUUGCGUUCGGGCAAACGCCGCUUUAUAUCGCGCCUACUUCAUUCAACAACGGGCAAGCUCCCAAUACUUCGAUCAUCUUACCAGAGCGAGGAUCCUUUUCCUCCACGCCAACCGAAGCUGACUGGGAUCGGCUCAAAUCUCUGAUCAUUGAGCUUUACUCAAAACAUACUUUAGAUGAAGUCAGAGAUAUUAUGAGGGAUACGUACGGUUUGAGAGCAAGUGUCAAAAUGUACAAAGACAGACGCCGCAAGUGGGCCAUGGACAAGAACAUCAAGAAGCACGAAAUGGAGUGUAUCAUCCGCAAGCAGACAGCACGUGCAGCAGUGGGGAAAAGAUCGGUCUUCUACCUUCGCAAUACGAAAGUGCCGGAAGGAAAAAUCGCUCGCGCUCGGAAAGCAUUUGGAAAUCUGUCCGCAGAGGGGUUUUCUAAUUCAAAAUUGUCCACACCGCCAGGACUAACUUGCACGACACCAGUAAUUUCGCCGUUGUCUACGCCUGCCAUAAUCGAAACACCAGAGCGCAUUUUGAAAGCCAUUGAAACUUACAUCCAUGGCUCUUUCGACGCAAGAACGUGGGUAACCACAGAAGAUGGAGAGUGUACUGGCAAAGAAGGCACCUCAGAGCACUACGACUUCUACUCUGAGUGCAUAGAAGCCCUCAGGUUUCUAGAAGACAAUGACAGCAGCCGUACGUGGCAAUUUCUGAACAUGGCAAUGGCUCGAGUGGAGCGUAUGUUCGAAGUUGAAAUCCCACAGAUGCUCGGUUUGAUCACUUCCGUUUUACUCCAGUACGUAGAAGAUGAGACAACGAGCAAGAUUGCUUAUUCUAUCUUGUAUUUCAUCUCCGCUAUGAGCGAUAAGAAGCUAGGCUCGAAUCAUCCAAUCACUUUCUGCUUCACGCGUCUCGGUCGAAUGCAGGCUUCUCAAGUUAUGCAGACCCUUCGUAUCUCUCAAUCAUGCCAGACAGAUUGUCUGACUCAACGAGCGGACCGCUUCAAUAUGGUCACUUUAGAUUUACUGAUCGCACAAUGGGAAUGGAUAAAGAAGGACAAUAUCAUACAGACUAUCGAGGAGUAUCUAAAAGCUGCCGAGAAUACAAUCGGCACAGUGGACAACCGGACGCUAUACAUACGUCAAGCUCUAGUCGGGUAUUACAUCGAGGCAAGAGAGUACAAGAAGGCUGUCAAAGUUGCUGAGGAACUGAUCUCUUGUGCAGCAAAGACACAGGUUCCUUUUGAUAUGACGGAAGCACUUAAAGUGCUUUCCAUAGCGCACUUCGGAUCCUCGGAGAGAAAUUUGGCUGAGCAGAAUCUUCGACGAGCGAUAUCUAUCGGAAGUGACGCAUGGGGAUUGGGAAAAAGUGAUGUCAUAGGGUAUAUGUCAAGAUUGCAGUCUUGGCUACGAAGAUGGGACAGGCAUGAUGAAGCAGCUGAAUUGCAAGAGGAGAUUGACAGGAUUGUAGAGGUAAAGCACCGGAGACUUGUGAUGGAAGAAGACGAGAAGUGGCAGAGAUGGCAGAUGUCCCAGGCCGCGUCAUCCGGAGCUGAAUAG